UCGACGAACCGUUAUGGCAAAUAAUCGUAAAAUAACUGACGAUUCGUACGUUAGAUCGUUAUUAAUGCAACACUUGUGUUCCUCGUCGUCCGACGAGGACGAUCCAACAGCGGCCGCGAACACCGUCGACGAUAGCGAGGCGACGCGAUGCAAAAACGACAUCGCUCGCUUGACGUCCUCGUCGUCCGAUGAAGACAAGAUGACCGUUCGUUGCCGAGAACCGUCCAGGAACAGCCGUCUGUCACCAGACAGUUCUAACUCCAGGAGUCAACCCGUUGAGCAGGCGACAGGUCAUACGUUGUUGCGUCGCGACAGCAAUCCCUUCAGUUUCAAGGCCUUCUUGAAGAACGGCACGCAACAAACCAACUAUCAUAAUACCGGGGCACGGCCCAAGGUCUAUUCAUCCCCCACGUCGAGUCCCAGCAGCGUUCUCGAUAAGGAUAACGCUAGCGGUGGCGUUUACUCGAGCCGAAAUCCGACGGAGCUGCCCGAUUUCGUGCAGGAUCACCUGGUCAUCGAACAGUGUUAUCUGAAUCACGAAGCCGAUCUGCCGGUAUUGCCCGAUGUAGAUAAUCUACCAGAUUUUGCAUUGAACAGCGUGGAACAGAGGCAGUCUCGAUUGCGAAACGAAACCAAGAAGAAUGAUUCUGAAAUCUUUGGCGAAGACCUACGAUCCUUCGAUCUCACUGAUACGCUGCACAAAGCCUCAACGCACAGAGAUCAUCCUGCGUCGAAUGCGAUGCAUUCGAAGUGGAUGGACUUGCCUGUGUUUGAGGAGGGGCUUGAAGAAAGCACGUCCUAUCUUCUUCGCCCUGAACACAGAGGGUUUCCAUUUGAUUUACCAUUACCCUUUGCCGAAUCUAAUCCCAAUGUAAAUGCGACCACACGAGAUGGUAAUCUGCCAGGAAGUGAAACGAGUGUCCAUAAAUCUCUGCCAGACUUUUUAAGCGAUGGACCCAUAUAUAAUAGGUCUGCAGACCCAGAACCUACUGGUGCGAAUAUGACAGAAUCUGCAGAAAGAAGGCUUUUACUCGAAAAUGAAAGGUUGCAUCAGCAAUUAGAGACAGCUCGAAGGCAAAUAAGCGAAAAAACUGAAAGAAUUCGUUUAUUGGAAGCAGAACUAAUGUCCAAGAGAGAAGUUGAACACGAGGAAACAGCACACUUGGAAAAGGCGAUGGAACAAGUCGAGGAUAACUUAAAACGAAGUACAAAACGAGCAGUUAACGCUGAAAGCACUGUCACAUCGUUGAAAAAGAAGAUUAAAGCUUUGACGGCAGAAAUAUCUCUACUACAAUUGGAAAACGAUCAACUUCGAGCUGGCACCUCGACCGCUGGACAAGGCGAAUCGAAUACUGGUAUCGCUAACAUGAAUCGCACUGUGAGAAGGCUCGCCCGUGAUUUAUUCGCAGCUGCAUCGUCGGCCGAAGUAUCUCUUAGACAGUUAAUGUCCGGUGUGGAUAACCUGAGAGUUCUUGCAUCGACCCUUGAAAAUAUGGAUAGGAUAGAAGAUUGGACCAAAGACUUUUUACCCGAUUCCGAUGAGGACAAUGCCGCUGGUCCCGCAGUAUAACUCUCUCUCUCUCUCUCUCUUUCUUGUAUAUAUAUAUAUAUAUAUAUAUAUAUAUAUAUAUAUAUAUAUAUAUAUAUAUAUCCUAUUUUAUCACUUUUUCAUAUAUUCCAUCAAUUGUAAUAAUUUUGCUGCAUACUGAUACUAUAAUAGUUAAUCCUAAACUGACAGGUUUAACAUAAUUGUGCAGCAAAUGUUGCGAACGCAACGAAACGCAUUACUCAUCAUUCGAAUAUUUGUUGUUAUCUGUGCGUUUGUCGCAGAAUUUUAAAUUACCAUCUUUGUUGCUGUCGUCCAUACGAAUAUUCUAAUGCAAGAUCACUUUUGAUCCGAAUAUAUAAAUAUACAUAUUAUUUAUGAAAUAUUUGUUAUAUUUUUUUGUAUUUCUGUUCGUGAUAGUUUGUGCAAGAAUUUUUACUCACUCGAUGCAAAAUGACGAUGCAAAAAUGCAGAUGAUAUUGUUAUCAGCGACUUUUCUCGUAAUUAAAGAAACAUAUAUAUUUUUUUAGUUAUAUAUUGUACGUAAAUACGAAAAAAAAUGGAUUUGAAAGAUACUCGAAAUCUUCGUGAUAUUAUCACAGCAGAAGCUGACAGAAUGCUAAAAGUGAUCUCUUGUAUGCGUUAUACAAUACAGCGCACGAUGUAAAAGCCAAAAUAUAUUUUUGACAAAUGACUCUCUCUUAUUGUGUAUGUGUAUACAUGAGGCUUUAAAUAGAAAUACGAAACAGA